ACCAGCCUGUGGUGUUUGGUGGAGGGUAGGGGGGAGGCUUCCAGCGGCAGGAGCAGGACAGCCAGACAGGCAGACCGGACGGGGUACCAGCACCUCAACUUCUCUCCCUAAGACACUGUUCAUACUCCAGAGGCCAUAGGCCAAGCUGAGCGAUGGGUGCUGAGGAGGAGGUGCUGGUCACAUUAUCAGGGGGAGCCCCUUGGGGCUUCCGACUUCACGGGGGGGCCGAACAGAGGAAACCCUUACAGGUGUCCAAGAUUCGAAGACGGAGCCAGGCUGGCAGGGCAGGACUCCGAGAGAGGGACCAGCUCUUGGCAAUCAAUGGGGUUUCUUGCACCAGCCUCUCUCAUGCCAGUGCUAUGAACCUCAUUGAUGCCUCGGGAAAUCAGUUGGUCCUCACUUUGAGGAGGGUAGCAGAUGAAGGACCUGUGAGAUCUCCAUCCCCUGGAGAGCUUCAGGUGUUGUCACCCUUAUCUCCACUGAGUCCUGAGCCCCCUGGUGCUCCAGUUCCUCAGCCUCUUCAGCCUGGGAGCCUUCGUUCACCCCCUGACAGUGAGGCUUACUACGGAGAGACAGACAGUGAUGUUGAUGGCCCUGCCACCCAUGAGAAGCCCCGCCGCCCCCGCCGUCGAGGCCCCACAAGACCCGCCCCUCCAGGAGCCCCACCUGAUGAAGUCUACCUGUCUGACAGCCCUGCAGAGCCAGCACCUGCCAUCCCUGGCCCUCCCAGCCAGGGUGACAGUCGUGUGAGCUCCCCAUCUUGGGAGGAAGGGGCAGCCCUUCAACCACCCCCAGCCGAGGCGCUGCUGUUACCCCAUGGUCCACUCCGGCCUGGCCCUCAUCUCAUCCCUAUGGUGGGGCCUGUUCCCCACCCAGUGGCAGAAGAUCUUACUACCACCUACACCCAGAAGGCCAAGCAAGCCAAACUGCAACAUGUGGAGAGCCUUCAAGAGAAGAGUGUGAAGGAGGCAAAGACCAAAUGCCGGACCAUUGCAUCCCUGCUAACUGCAGCCCCCAACCCUCACUCCAAGGGGGUGCUUAUGUUUAAGAAACGGAGGCAGAGAGCCAAGAAGUACACCCUAGUGAGCUUUGGGGCUGCGGCUGGGACAGGCACAGAGGAGGAGGAGGACGGCGUCCCACCAACGAGUGAGUCGGAGUUGGACGAAGAGGCCUUCUCCGACGCCCGCAGCCUCACCAAUCAAUCUGACUGGGACAGCCCCUAUCUGGACAUGGAGUUGGCCAGGGUGGGCUCAGGCGCAUCAGAGGGCCAGGGUGCCGGGCUGGGAGGGCAGCUGAGCGAGGUCUCUGGGCGAGGGGUCCAGCUCUUUGAACAGCAGCGCCAGCGUGCAGCCUCUAGCACCCUGGAGCUGACUCAGGUGGGUCCAGCCAUAUUCAAUGGGCAAGGUCUGCAGUCACCACCUAGAGCCCAGAGUGCUCCUCCAGAGGCGGCUGUGCUCCCACCCAGCUCUUUGCCGGCCUCUGUAGCCAGUCCCAGACCCUUCCUUCUAAGUGGUGGAGCCCCCAGUCCAGCUCCAGGCAUCUUUAACAGGUCAGCAAGGCCCUUUACCCCUGGCUUACAAGGGCAUCGAACAGGUACAACUUCGGUUAUUUUCCGGCCCUUAGCCCCCAAGAGAGUAAAUGAAAGUCUGGGAGGUAUCAGCUCGGUACCACCCCCCUUCGUGUCCGCCCCACCUCCCUUUGUGUCCUCUCCACAAGGACCCACUCCUCUGCCCACCUUCACCACAGGGAUUCCCAGCCACGUGCCAUCAUCAGCUUCCCCCAGCACCACACGCUCCUUGGGCCCUGUGACAGCCACCAGCUCCCUGUACAUCCCAGCCCCCAGUCGGCCUGUUACACCGGGAGGUGCCCCAGAGCCCCCUGCUCCUCCUAGCGCAGCUGCUAUGACCUCCACCGCUUCUAUCUUCUUAUCCGCGCCUCGGCGACCCUCUGCGCGUCCGGAGGCGCCCGCCCCAGGCUCCGCAGCUCCUGAGUCCCCCAGCGCCCGGGAGCAGCGCAUCUCUGUGCCAGCUGCGCGCACCGGCAUCCUGCAGGAGGCCCGGCGCCGGGGAACCAGGAAGCAGAUGUUCCGGCAGGGAAACGAGGAGAUGAAGAACUCGCCGAAUCCCGAACUGCUAUCGCUGGUGCAGAACCUGGAUGAAAAACCCCGGGUCGGGGGUGCUGAAUCUGGUCCCGAGGAGGACGCUUUGAGCCUGGGAGCUGAAGCCUGCAACUUCAUGCAGCCACCAGGGGGCAGGAGUUACAAGACUCUCCCUUACGUGACACCUAAAACCCCGCCUCCAAUGGCUCCCAAGACCCCACCCCCUAUGACUCAUAAGACUCCACCCCCAGUGGCUCCUAAGCCCACAACUCAAGGGCUCUUUGAUGGGCUAGUGAAUGGGGCAACCACUUCUGCUGGAAUCCCUGAACCACCAAGGCUGCAGGGUAGGGGUGGGGAGCUGUUUGCCAAGAGGCAGAGCCGUGCUGACAGGUAUGUGGUUGAAGCUACACCUGGUGCUGGCCUUGGCCCUCGGCCCAGAAGUCCUUCCCCUACCCCCUCAUUGCCUCCUUCGUGGAAAUACUCACCCAACAUCCGUGCCCCACCUCCUAUUGCUUACAACCCACUGCUCUCACCCUUUUUCCCUCAAGCUGCCCGAACUCUCCCUAAGGCCCAACCCCAGGGUCCUCGGGCAACCCCAAAGCAGGGCAUUAAGGCUCUGGAUUUCAUGCGGCAUCAGCCCUAUCAACUUAAAACUGCAAUGUUCUGUUUUGACGAGGUUCCUCCAACUCCUGGCCCCACUUCAGGGCCCCCUAAAACUGCCCGAGUCCAGGAGAUCCGUCGAUUUUCCACUCCAGCGCCCCAGCCCACUGCAGAACCCCUGGCCCCCACUGUGCUUGCCCCGCGAGCAGCCACCACAUUGGAUGAGCCCAUCUGGAGGGCAGAGCUGGCCUCAGCCCCUGUCCCUAGCUCAGCCCCUCUUCAAGAGUCUCCUAGGGGCCUCGGGGCCACAUCCAGUUCCUGUGGUUUCCAGGUAGCCAGGCCCCGGUUCUCAGCCACCAGAACAGGAUUGCAAGCUCAUGUGUGGAGGCCUGGGGCAGGACACCAAUGAGCAGAGAAUAGGUCCCAGAAUCAAGGAAAAGUGAAACAUCCAGUCCCAGAAGUUGUUUCUCCUGCCCUAUUCUACCCACUCUCUCAAGGAAUCUGGAGGCUAAAUUCCCUUCUGCCAGACAUAGUUUUGAAGUUAGUGUCCCAUCCCCCAGCUUCCUCCUCACUCCCCAACUCCCUGCCACUUUCUAACCUAUUAUCUCCACUUUGGUAUCUUUGCUUCUAUUUGUCUCUAUUUCCUUGCCUGAAUCUCUGUCUUUAUCUCCUGACCUCUCCACCCACAGGCCUCCACAGGUCUGUAUUUUUUUUUUUUUUACAUUUGUGUUUUUCUCCACGGGCCUCAUUUUUAUGUGCAGUGAGAAACACACAGUAGAAGUGAUAAUCACUGGGACCUCAGGCAAGAGGCUCACCACUAAGCAGACUGAACUGACCCCUGUGUACACUAAAUGCCCCCUACUCUUCACUGCUUUCCUAGGCAAAUACCUAAGUGUGUGUGUGUAUGUGUGAGUACGUGCAAGUGUGUGUGGCAGGAUCUGAUCUGGAAAGUGAUUGGAUGUGCACAUAUGUGCUCUUCUGCUUGAGGCAAGAGUAAAAGGAGAUGUCUAAAUAAAGACCCAAUUUGAGUCUGAACUUCUACUGGUAGAAGGGUCAGAUAUUUCCACAUGAAGUCUAUCUAGCAGGGAGAAAAAGCUUCACUAGAGAAUAACCCCUAACAGACCAGCAUCUGUAGCAAAUGUACAGAAUGCUGUGAAACUAAUGGAGUCUGACAAGACUGAAAAGCAGGGAUAAUUUGCAUGGGGCUGUGUUUUACCAGCUAGUCCAGGAGCAGAAUUAGAGAUUCUUCUAUUUCUCUGGAUUUCAGAAAGUUAGCAUCAAUAGGUCCAUGCUGAGCAACCCAUUAUCCAGGAAAUAGAAAAAAAGAGAAAAGAAAAUUUCCUCAGAGAAUGAACAAGUUGUUGGCCUCAUUGCUUCAUGAGUCAUUCAUAAGACAGAAAGGAGGGAGAAGAGAGACAGAGUGGGGAAAGUGAAGCAGAAACCAGGGGAACAGAAAUGAGUGAAAGUGAGCAAGCCACAGAGAGGAGAUGGUGAAGGAAAGGGCAGUGCUGGCUAACAAACCAUUUGUGUUCAAAGGGGUUAUUGGUGAAAAGUCUGAGAAUGUAUUUGUUGGCAUGAAGGGUGAUGAUGGUGGGAGGGAGGCAUGAGGGUGUGUGCUGAGUGUUGAAAGAAGAGUUAGUAACUGUGCUAUCUCCUGGGAGUCUACCCAUCAGUUUAUCUUCUGCAGUUUGUCAUGACUACCAAGGAAAGGGUAGGGAGCCCAAACCUCUCUUCAGUCCUACUCCAUCCCUCAAAAGGCCCCAGCUCUUGCUCCUUUUCAGCUUCAGUCCUGAUUUCUGAUCCUAGAAGGGUAUGUACUCCUCUCCCACCAAGACCACCACCAAUCCUGUUUGCCGUUUGACCUGAAAAGUGAUCAUUUCCUUUGCAUAUUGGGUGUGAGUCACAGUUCUUCGGUUUGUGCACAAGAAUAAACUUAUACCCCAUACUUUCUGUUGUCAUCUCUUCUGGUUUUAUACCCAUAUUCUGAUCUUUCCUUGAUCUUCUCUAAUUCAUUCCCCUGAUCUGAUUCCUGAUCUCUGUCUUCAUUACUGCCCUCCCAUUUUUCACCCUUUUGUUUUUUUGUUCUUUUCUACAAAUUCUAUCCUGCUUUGAUUUGGCCACCUCCACCAUUCCUCUUGGUUUUCUCUUCCUGGUGUCCCCAUCCAAGUUCUCCCCUUAUCCUCCCACUGCUCUAUACUUUACAGGCAAUAGAACUGAGAAAAGUUGGAAAGGCCCUUUGAGCCUUUUGCCAACAAUAUUUUAUUUUAUGUAUUUAUUUAUUUACUUAUUGUGUGGUAUUAGGGUUUGGAUUCAGGGCCUACACCUUGAGCCACUCU